AAUGCCACCAUCCACCACCUCCUCCAGCUCCACGCUCAGCUCCUCCGUAAUGGCUUCCACUCCGACAUUGCCACCGUCACCAAGCUCACCCAGCGCCUCUUCGACCUCCGCGCCCCUCGCCACGCCCUCUCUCUUUUCUUCUCCUUCCCCAAACCCGACAUCUUCCUCUUCAACGUCCUCGUCCAAGGUUUCUCCCUCAACGCUUCCCCUUCUACCUCUCUCUCCCUCUACUCCCGCCUCCGCAAAAGCAUCAACCUUUCCCCUGAUAACUUCACCUACGCUUUCACAAUCAACGCCGCUUCUGGUUCCCGCGACGAGAAGCACGGGAUGAUGCUGCACGCGCAUGCCAUUGUUGAUGGGUUGGCCCCCAACCUAUUUGUGGGUUCUGCACUCGUUGACUUGUACUGCAAGUUUUCUCGUGUUGGGUAUGCUAGAAAGGUGUUUGAUAGAAUGCCUGAGAAAGAUACUGUUUUGUGGAACGCUAUGGUUAAUGGCUUGGCGAGGAAUUGUUGUUAUGAGGAUUCUAUUGAGGUUUUUGGGGACAUGGUUGAAGAUGGGGUGAGGUUGGAUUCAACUACAUUGGCUACUGUGCUCCCUGCAGCUGCUGAGUUGAAGGAGUUGGGAGUUGGGAUGGGGAUUCAGUGUUUGGCUAUGAAAAUUGGGUUUCAUUCUGUUGAUUAUGUGCUUACGGGCUUGGUUUCAUUGUAUUCGAAAUGUGGGGAUGUGGACACUGCUAGGUUGUUAUUUUGGAUGAUCGAUAAGCCUGACUUGGUGUCUUACAAUGCUCUUAUUUCUGGGUUUACUUGCAAUGGUGAGGUUGAGUGUUCGGUGAAGCUUUUCAGAGAGUUGCUUGCUUCUGGUCAGAGGGUGAGUUCAAGCACUAUGGUUGGCUUGAUUCCAGUGUCUUCUCCCUUUGGUCAUCUUCAUUUGGCUUCCUCUAUUCAGGGAUUUUGUGUGAAAUCUGGUACUAUUUCGCAUCCAUCUGUUUCAACCGCACUCACAACUGUGUACAGUAGGCUCAAUGAAAUGGACUUAGCACGCUCCUUAUUUGAUGAAUCGCCAGAGAAAACUGUGGCUGCUUGGAAUGCUAUGAUUUCGGGUUAUACUCAGAAUGGUUUAACCGAGACCUCUCUCUCUCUUUUUCAGGAGAUGAUGAAGACUGAGUUUGCUCCAAAUCCAGUUACAAUCACAACUAUCCUUUCAGCUUGUGCUCAACUAGGAGCACUGAGUUUUGGGAAAUGGGUCCAUGAGCUGAUCAAAAUCAAAAAUCUUGAACCAAACAUUUAUGUUUCCACUGCUCUAGUUGACAUGUAUGCUAAGUGUGGGAACAUAUCAGAGGCAUGGCAACUAUUUGACUCGAUGAGUGAAAAGAAUACUGUCACAUGGAAUACUAUGAUUUUUGGUUAUGGGCUCCAUGGACACGGGCAUGAAGCGCUUAAGCUUUUUAAUGAGAUGUUACAUUUAGGAUUUCAACCAUCUAGUGUUACUUUUCUUUCAGUCAUGUAUGCUUGUAGUCAUGCUGGCUUGGUAAGAGAAGGAGAUGAAAUUUUCCGUGCUAUGAUCAAUAAAUACGGUAUCAAACCCCUGCCUGAGCACUAUGCAUGCAUGGUGGACAUUCUUGGGCGAGCUGGGCAGUUAGAAAAGGCCUUAGAAUUUAUAAGGAGCAUGCCUGUUGAGCCUGGUCCUGCAGUGUGGGGUACAUUGCUUGGUGCUUGCAUGAUUCACAAAGACACAAAUAUGGCCCGCAUGGCUUCGGAAAAGCUAUUUGAAUUGGAUCCAGGGAGUGUUGGAUACCAUGUUUUGCUCUCUAAUAUAUACUCGGUAGAGAGAAACUUCCCAAAAGCUGCUUCAAUACGAGAAGGAGUGAAGAAAAGAAAACUGGCAAAGACUCCUGGUUGCACUCUAGUUGAGAUUCAUGGGACCCCACAUGUAUUUGUAUCUGGUGAUCGAUCUCAUUCUCAUGCUACUGCUAUCUAUGAAAUGCUGGAGAAGUUAACUAGCAAGAUGAGGGAAAUUGGAUACCGUUCGGAGACAGUCACUGCUUUGCAUGAUGUGGAAGAAGAAGAAAAGGAGCUCAUGGUUAAUGUUCACAGUGAGAAGUUAGCCAUUGCUUUUGCUCUUAUUACAACUGAACCUGGUACUGAGAUCAGGAUCAUCAAGAAUCUCCGGGUUUGUUUAGAUUGUCAUACUGCAACUAAAUAUAUAUCAAAGAUCACAGAAAGAGUCAUUGUAGUCAGGGAUGCUAACAGAUUCCACCACUUCAAAGAUGGUGUCUGUUCUUGUGGCGAUUAUUGGUGAAUCUGAAUGAAUAAUUGUUUACCAGUUAAACUAAGUGGGACAGAAGCAUCACCUGAGCUUUUAGUUUCAUAUUUUUUACCUUACAAUAAUGCGACGCGGACACCCCACUUGAGCAGCAUGACAAUGAGUUGAUCACUUGAAAUAUUUUUGAAGCAAGUUAAAUUGAGUGAUAUCUAAGUUCUAUCAUGCUUGUCUGCUGCUGUACUCCACCUAAACAUCAUACAAGCCCGUUUACUGUAUCAAGCAGUCUUAGUCAUUGUAUCUUUUAGAGACACAUACUAGCAUUGCAUUCUUUUUGUCCAUGCAGGAGGCUGAUAUCCUCCUCGGCUGUACUAUUGUAACGGAGUUGAUAGUAAGUUACCAUGUUUCACUAUUUAUCUAGU